AGACAAUUCAGCCAUUCGUCAGUUUUGGAGUGAGGAGGCAGUCUAAAUUAGUGUUUUAUUGAACGGACUGCCAAAAGUGAAAAUUGAAAAAUGGCAAAGACCCUCUCAGCUUCGCAGGCGAACAAGGAACAUGUCCUGGCAGUAUCCAGGGAUUUCAUUUCCCAACCGCGACUGACUUACAAGACAGUGUCUGGUGUGAAUGGACCUCUAGUCAUCUUAGAUGAGGUCAAAUUUCCCAAGUUCUCAGAGAUUGUACAAUUAAAGCUCGCCGAUGGCACUCUACGCUCCGGACAGGUACUGGAAGUCAGCGGUUCCAAGGCCGUCGUCCAGGUCUUCGAGGGAACAUCGGGUAUUGACGCCAAGAACACUCUUUGCGAGUUCACGGGCGACAUUUUGCGUACACCCGUGUCUGAGGACAUGUUGGGUCGCGUAUUCAACGGAUCCGGCAAACCCAUCGACAAAGGCCCCCCAAUCUUGGCGGAGGACUUCUUGGACAUCCAGGGCCAGCCCAUCAACCCCUGGUCCCGUAUCUACCCCGAGGAAAUGAUUCAGACCGGUAUUUCGGCUAUUGAUGUCAUGAACUCCAUCGCCCGUGGGCAGAAGAUUCCCAUUUUCUCAGCCGCCGGUCUGCCCCACAACGAGAUCGCCGCCCAGAUCUGUAGACAAGCCGGUUUGGUCAAGCUGCCAGGCAAAUCAGUCCUCGAUGAUCAUGAGGAUAACUUCGCCAUAGUGUUCGCCGCUAUGGGUGUCAACAUGGAGACCGCUCGGUUCUUCAAGCAGGACUUCGAAGAGAACGGCUCUAUGGAGAACGUGUGCCUCUUCUUGAACUUGGCCAAUGAUCCCACCAUCGAGAGAAUCAUCACACCACGUCUGGCGCUGACUGCCGCCGAGUUCUUGGCUUACCAGUGUGAGAAACACGUGCUGGUCAUCUUGACUGACAUGUCCUCGUACGCUGAGGCUCUUCGUGAGGUGUCGGCUGCCCGUGAGGAGGUGCCCGGACGACGUGGUUUCCCAGGUUACAUGUACACGGAUUUGGCUACAAUUUACGAGCGUGCUGGACGUGUAGAAGGCAGGAACGGAUCCAUCACCCAGAUCCCAAUUCUGACUAUGCCUAACGACGACAUCACCCAUCCUAUUCCUGACUUGACAGGUUACAUCACCGAGGGACAGAUCUACGUGGACCGUCAAUUGCACAACAGACAGAUUUACCCACCAGUGAACGUGCUGCCGUCUCUCUCCCGUCUGAUGAAGUCCGCUAUCGGCGAGGGCAUGACCCGUAAGGAUCACUCCGACGUCUCCAACCAGCUGUACGCGUGUUACGCCAUCGGUAAGGACGUGCAGGCCAUGAAGGCCGUCGUCGGUGAGGAGGCGCUCACCCCCGACGAUUUACUCUACCUCGAGUUCCUCACCAAAUUCGAGAAGAACUUCAUCACGCAGGGUAACUACGAAAACCGCACAGUGUUCGAAUCUUUGGACAUCGGCUGGCAGUUGCUGCGUAUCUUCCCCAAGGAGAUGCUUAAACGUAUCCCCGCCUCCACCCUCGCGGAGUUCUAUCCCAGGGACUCCCGCCAUUAAGUCCUUCCAUCAACUCAAACGGCUUCCUGCCAACUCUCUCGCUCACCACACCUCUGAACGAGCGAGACAGAGCAAGCUCGUUGGCCGUUCUCGGUAACACCAGGCUUCUAAGUGGUUUCAUAUCCUAAUCGUAAACACCAUAAAUUAUUAACAGCAGUUUUUUUUAUUUUAAAAUUGAUAUUAAUCUUAUUUAUUAGCUGUUCAAAAAGAAGUGCUCUAUGGUCAUAAUUUUUGUGAUUGCAUUUUUUUUAAACCAUUAGGAUUUGGAACCACAUUACGUUGUAAGAUAAAAAUAUUGUUUAUUAUAAUAUAGUAAGUUGUUAAUAGUUUAUUAAUGUGUAUUAACUGUAUUACGAUCAAGUUACAAAAUUAUAAACAAUCGUGUUGCUAUAUUGUCUAUGCUAAGGAAUAGAUAUCGUAAUCACUUACAUAAUGUUGCCGUCUCGUGUAUAUAAUUUCCGAAUAAAAUAGUGUUAGUUUGAAUGGUAAAUUAUUAUGAAUUAACGAAUAGAUGCCAUUUUCUGUUUGGUGCUUCAGACACGUUGAAAUUGUUAUUCACUGCACAAAUUGUUGAGAUGUGUUCAAUCAUAUUUAACCAGAUUUUGAGAAAUUAUGUGAUAUUAUAUUUUUGCUUUUACAUCAUUAUUUGAAUUCUAUUUAUAAUGUAAAUAAAUCAAUAGAUACAUAGACCAGUAACAGUGUGUUACAUUCCAAAUUACUUUCCUCGUUCACUUCAAAGCUAAAUAUUUAAUUCAAUAACUAAGUGAAUUAGGAUACUGUUGUUUUCAAUGGAAAUAAAGUAUAGAAAUUGA